GGGUGGCGGUGGCGGCAGCCAGGUGUGGCAGUGUUGGAGAGGUGUGAAUGAAGCAGGAUGAACUGGACAGGUUUGUACACCUUGCUCAGUGGUGUGAACCGGCAUUCUACUGCCAUUGGCCGAGUGUGGCUGUCAGUCAUCUUCAUCUUCAGAAUCAUGGUGUUGGUGGUGGCUGCAGAGAGUGUGUGGGGUGAUGAGAAAUCUUCUUUCAUCUGCAACACCCUCCAACCCGGCUGCAACAGUGUCUGCUAUGACCAGUUUUUCCCUAUUUCCCACGUGCGUCUGUGGUCCCUGCAGCUCAUCUUAGUUUCUACCCCGGCUCUCCUUGUAGCCAUGCACGUGGCUCACCAGCAGCACAUAGAAAAGAAAAUGCUGCGACUUGAAGGCCAUGGAGACCCCCUACACCUGGAGGAAGUGAAGAGGCACAAGGUGCACAUCUCAGGAACACUGUGGUGGACCUAUGUCAUCAGCGUGGUGUUUCGGCUCCUAUUCGAGGCUGUUUUCAUGUAUGUCUUCUAUCUGCUCUACCCUGGCUAUGCCAUGGUGCGACUGGUAAAGUGUGAGGCCCACCCCUGUCCCAACACAGUGGACUGUUUUGUGUCCCGCCCCACCGAGAAAACCAUCUUCACCGUCUUUAUGCUGGCUGCCUCGGGCAUCUGCAUCAUCCUCAAUGUGGCCGAGGUGGUGUACCUCAUCAUCCGGGCAUGUGCCCGCCGAGCACAGCAUCGCUCCAAUCCUCCCUCCCGCAAGGGCUCAGCCUUUGGCCACCGCCUCUCACCUGAAUACAAGCAGAAUGAGAUCAACAAGCUGCUGAGUGAGCAGGAUGGCUCCCUGAAAGACAUACUGCGCCGCAGCCCUGGCACCGGGGCCGGGAUGGCUGAGAAGAGCGACCGCUGCUCAGCCUGCUGAUGCCACCAACCAGGCAACCUCCCACCCCAUGCCCCCACCCUGCCUUGGGCCUGCCCUUCCUUCUCCCCUGCUGGUGCACAGGCCUAGGCCUGCUAGGAAUUACCCCAUCAGAACCUUCCUGUCCUCCUUACUACCUUCCCUCUCAGGGACUUCUCUCUGAGGAGGUAGAGGGGUUG